ACGACGAUCCAUAGAUUCAAACUUCUUGUACUACUGUUGUUCCUCUGUUGGAUUCCAUGUUUUUAUGGGGAAUCGUCAAGUUGUCUUAUGGCUUACAAGGAAGGUGGUGCUCCGGCAGUUAUCCAAUCUCCAAUGUGUCCUCGUUGGACUCUAUCAAGUGACGCAUUUCAUAGACGGACGAUAAAUUGUGAGUCUGCAAUGCUUCAGGGGAGGAGGAGGAGUCAGGAGGAUCGUACUUUCUGCGCUCUCGACCUGCAGAUCCCGUUUCCCGGUAGAACAAGUCUUAAGGAAGUUACAGUUGGAAUCGCGGCAGUUUUUGAUGGUCAUAAUGGUUUUGAAGCGAGUGAGAUGGCUUCAAAACUUCUGCUCGAGUAUUUUACCUUGCACAUCUAUUUUCUUCUUGAUGGCGUUUAUUCUGCUGUAUUAAAGAAGUCCAUGGGAAGGUUGCUGCAUGAUGGGCAGCUGGCUGUGGAUUUUCACGUACUUAACCAGGAUCUGGAUCUUGGAAGGUCUAAGUGGGUGCUGCCUGAGAUUUUUGAUAGAUCAUUUCACAUGGAAAUCUUGAAGGAGUCAUUGUUGAGGGCUAUCCAUGACAUUGAUUCAACAUUUUCCAAGGAAGCUCUCAGAAAUAAUCUUAAGUCGGGAUCUACAGCCACCAUUGUUCUUAUAGUAGAUGGGCAAGUUUUGGUUGCCAAUGUUGGAGAUUCAAAGGCUUUCCUAUGCUCCAAAGAAAUUCAGUCUCCUCAAGAAGCUAGAGGCAGGUUAUCAAAAUUGUAUAAGCGAAGAAGACGCAGUGGUGUCAUAUCACCUAUAGAAGGUGGUGGGAGCUUGAAGUUGGCUACCUCUGAUAGAGUGACCCAUUUUUCUGUUAAAGAAUUGACAAGUGAUCAUCAUCCUGAUAGAGAUGAUGAAAGAUCCCGAGUGGAAGCUGCUGGCGGUUAUGUUGUUGAGUGGGCAGGUGUGCCUCGAGUCAAUGGUGAGCUAGCAGUGUCUCGAGCCAUUGGUGAUGUUUCCUUUAAAAGUUAUGGUGUUGUAUCUGCACCUGAGGUGACAGAUUGGCAACCUCUAACUGUCGAUGAUAGUUACUUGGUGGUUGCAUCUGAUGGCAUAUUCGAAAAGCUCAGCACACAGGAUAUUUGUGAUCUGUUAUGGGAUGUGCAUGUAGAGAGCAAUGAAAAAUCAAAAUCCUUUUCUUCAUGCAUGCACUCACUAGCUGAUUGCAUAGUGAACAUUGCUUUUGAGAGAGGAAGCAUGGAUAAUAUGGCUGCUGUUGUGGUUCCAUUGAGACCAACUGUUUUUUCUGGAGAACUGAUAAUGGAAAGAUAUGAUGGAGAGGAAAGCAUUGAUUACUCCGCUCUAGGACUGCAAAAGCUUGUCAAUACACAGUCAGCUAAUAUCAUCAGCUCUGGCCUAGUACCAGUGGAGUAUGCUCAUCAGGCUCUGGCCAAUUUUAACAGGUUAUUGGUUGAAGGAACAGAUGACAGUUCUGGCUGCUUUUAUUUAUCUGAGAAUCUCAAUGAAAACAUAGAUUACACAUUUAGGACUCUUAAGGAUGUCCAGGAAGAAAAUGCGGAUGACCUGCCACAAGCUUUACCUGAAGUGCUAGGGCAUCAGCACUGUUGUACUUUAAAUCUGUAUAACAACCAAAAUUUGUGCUUGCAAUUUGGUACGGAUGUUGAAGAAGAUAAAGGCCAAUGCCUAAAUCUGGAAGACUUUUCCAGAUUUCUUGUUCUUCUUGAAUCAAUUCCAUUUCCUGAAACUGGUUAUAAUUCUUCCGAGUCAUUUGAAUAUGCCUCACCUGACUCGAGGUAUGUACUGAGGAGAAGAUUUAACCGUGGAUCAUAUGGCGAAGUGUGGUUGGCUUUUCAUUGGAACUGUUCUCAAGGGGGCGAUGCUUCAAAUUGGAUCCACAAAAACAAAAAUGUUUCAUUCGAUAAGCAUCAUUUGCACCCAUAUGAGUGGAACACCAGUACAUCAACUAAUUCAUCUAGUUGCUCUAAUCAAACUAGUCCUUGUGACGACGUUUUCUUCAUUCUGAAGAGAAUAAUGGUGGAGAGAGGGACCAAUGUUUACUUAAGUGGAUUACGUGAGAAGUAUUUUGGGGAAAUUUUCUUAAAUGCCUCAGUAUCUCUUGGAGGUUUGUUAUCCUCAGGAUUCUUAAGUUCUCGAUCAAAGGAGUCUGAGUAUAAUUUUUAUAACCAACUGGAAAUGAACAAAUCAACUCCACACAAGAAAAGAUACGGAGUGAAUGCUGAAAAUAAAUUCCCAGGCAAAAACUCAAUGCACAGAGUUGAUCAUGAAGAAGGUCUUAAUCAUAUUGCCAGAUAUGUAGAGUCUUUUGAGUCUCAGUCAAAGGAAAUAUGGCUUGUAUUCCAGAAUGAAGGUGUAUCUUUGUCAAAGUUGAUGUAUACAAGAGAAGAAGUACAACAAAGUCCUGCUGAAGAAAGGGGUGAACAGACAAAAAAAUUUCAGGUGCUGCAUCCAUCUACGUGGUGGCAUUGGUUGAGGACGACAGAAGAAGGGAAAGAAGAAAUGCGCAGCCUUAUCUGGCAGUUGUUGAUGGCACUUAAGUCCUGUCAUGAUCGCAACAUCACCCACAGGGAUAUUAAACCUGAAAACAUGGUGAUUUGCUUCGAAGACAAGGACUCUGGAACAUGCCUGAAAGAAAUCCCAAAUGGAGACAAGCACCAUCACAUCAAAAUGCGCAUUAUUGACUUUGGUAGUGCAAUUGAUGAGUUCACCAUGAAGCGUCUAUAUGGAUCAAAUGGACCCUCGAGUUCUGAACAGACAUAUGAGUAUACUCCUCCAGAAGCUCUUCUGAAUGCCAGUUGGUUUCAGGGUCCAGCUACCGUAAGUAUGAAAUAUGAUAUGUGGAGUGUGGGGGUCGUGAUUUUGGAAUUGAUCCUAGGAUCACCACAUGUUUUUCAGAUAAAUGCUCGGACACGUGCUCUUCUAGAUCCGCAUCUUGAGGGUUGGAAUGAAAGCAUGAAAGAGCUUGCACGCAAACUCAGAUCGUUUAUGGAAAUGUGCAUCUUGAUUCCCGGGAGUUCUGCAAAACGUCAUCAUGGCGGGAAUACAAAGGACGGUGUUGGGGUUUGGCCAGCUUCCUGGAAAUGCUCUGAAGAGUCUUUUGCAGAUCAAGUGAAGGGAAGAGAUCCUAUUAAACUAGGGUUUCCAGAUAUUCGGGCUCUGCGUCUAGUGCGCCAGCUAUUGCUAUGGGAUCCUGAAGAUCGAUUGAGCAUUGAUGAUGCUUUGCAGCAUCCUUAUUUUCAACCUCCUCCCAGAUAAGUUCACAGGUGUGAUCAUGUGCAUACAACCUUCAAGUUAUUGCUGCCUUCCAUGCUUUGGGAAAUGGCUGUCUAGUUCUAUCUUUCCCAUCUUUUUUAUCUUAAUUGGACUUACCAGUUCAAAAUCUUAUCAGAGUACUCAUAGGAGCUUUUCGAAGCAUACUUUGUCAGCAGAAGAUGCAGCGAAGAAGAAUAUCAUGCAAUGUGUAGCUGUCUCUCCAAAUAUAUGGCACACACAUAGGAUGCUUGGGUCACAAUUAAUACUGCCUGCUGCACCAUAUGCAUAACAGUAUGACACACACAUAGGAUGUUUCAUUCAGGCUGUUCAACAGGGUCCCUCAUGGAAAUUCUUGAGACUCAGAGGAUCAAGGCAUCAUGCUGUCCCAGAAAUUUCUGCGAGUUUCGCUAAUUAAGAUCACCUUGGGGAUCAUCACUGUUAGCCUUGAAAAGGACACAUCAACUGAUGCACGUAUCAUCCCAUCUGGAGUAUUUGGGCAACAACACCCAUAUUGUCGUGUUCCAGCCAUUUGUAAACAUACUUUUUUUUGAACGAACGUAAACAUACAUGUUGCUGUAUCGCACAUUUACACCUAUUUUGCUUGAAGAA